AGUGUGCCCCUAGUCGCGAUAGAAGCACCGCGCGCUCUCCGUUCCGCGGCCCACAACACGCGGCAUGUUGCAAAAAACACCCAACACGCUACAGGUGCCCUAAUCGCCAGCCACAUGAUAAAUGACAGUGUUUUUUCGACCCGACAGCCGCGCCCGACGAGUUGAGUGGUAGGAAAUAGGCGAUACGAAUAAAUAAACAAGUUUUGUUUAUUUUUUUACUUCUUUCAUACUUCAUAGAACAUCUUCGUUUGCGUGUUUUGUUGACCGUUACAUUUCGCGAUGACAAUAAUCCAGUGAACGUGAGAGUACUUUGAAAAUGUUUAUAGAAAUAAAAUUGUGAUAAAAUAGUGCUUAUGAGUGAUAACAUAGGACUCAAGUGAUGGUUUAAGUGAUGUGAUAAGGAACGUUUGGGCGAUGGUGCGGCAUUUGGUGACGUCAUGGCUUGCUAUACUCCUCCUGUCCUGCAGUUUAAGACUAGGAAGCGGUCAGGCGACGGACGUGGAUGUCCGGUUGGUGGCUCCAGCGUGGGUGGCUAGGGGUGGUUCAGCCACAUUACGGUGCCUGCAUCAGGUCCCACCACAAUUACUCUACAAAGUGGAGUUUUUGAGGACUGGGACCAAGCUUCUGCAAUAUGUCAGGGAAAGGGUGCCACCUUUCACCAGCUAUACAUUUCCUGGUGGAAGAGUUAAUAUGACACUAUCAACAGAAAACUCAAUAACAAUUGAUAACUUGGAUCCAUCAGCAUCAGGACUGUACUGGUGCGAGGUCUCAUUAGAGACACCCAUCUUCACAGCUGCGUCGAAUCCAAGACAAUUGACUGUCGUAUAUUCACAAAAACACCCGCCAAUUAUAACGUUCGGUAAGCCGGAUGUGGUGGUGGGGGGGUUGUUGCGUGCCAACUGUACGAGCGCGCCCGCUGCGCCCGCGCCGCGUCUUACGUGGUACAUCGACAAUGAAAAGGUCGAUGAAGAAUCAGUGAAAUAUUUCUCGUACCGAGUGUCAAGUUCUACUCGUACGAAGGGGGGAGGUGGAUUCCGUCACAGAAAACAUCAGCACCGACUGAUAGCACCGGAGUUACAGACAAACUACACAGCUAAAUACUGGGCACUGGUCAGCGAGACCACGGUACCUACCACUGUGAAUACUUCAAAACAUCACAAGUGCACUUUGAAAGACCAACAGAGUGAAGAAAUGGCCAAGAUACAAGAAAGGCCCCGAGUUCCACCAGCGGUGCCCAUAUCUCUAUGGGUGUCUAUAGCUGAGCUGAAGGCCCCAGCGCACGGCAGACUCCAACUCACGUGCACCGCUACCAUACCUGACGAAGUAGGUCCAGGGGAGAAAUUUGCAGAUAUUAAGAAGCAAACUGUUACAGUGGCAGUCAACGAACUAAGUUUGAAGAAGCCACAUUCAGAGACAAGCCAAGCAAACGCCACCUCAAGUUGCCUACAGAGCUACCCAUUAUGGAUCCUCGGCUGCGGUAUCAUAUUCCGCGAAUUUACACUCCAAUUAAAUUGAAUGACGCUAUGAAUCUCGCCUAUCCCUGAUCAAAUAUUUUAUCUGCGAAGCGGCUUUUAGACUGUAGUUUCAAUAUUUCUUAGAUACCCUUUAUUUAUAUUUACUAUACAAUUUUGUGUACCUUUAAGCUUCCUCGUCUCACUUUCAAGGAAUAAGGUUGUCCUAUAAUCAUUUGUUUUGCUAAAUAAAUAUUUUACAAAUUAUUAUUAUACACCCUUAUUAUAUUUAUACAUUUAUUCUGAUGUUAGACGUUCUAAAGCGAAUAUGAAUAUUUUAAAAUAAAAGAAAUAUAAAUAUAAUUUUACUGUGUUCAUAUGUUAAUGUUAUGAUGUAACUAGAGUUUAUCGUUACAGUGUAUAAUUAAUUUUAAGACGAUGUUAUUAUUGCAUAUUUCAAUCACUACAUUCGGACGUGUCCUUUUUCUUCCUGAGCUUUUGUACGUCAAUUAUACCUAUCUGAUCUAGUUACUACAGGGUUCCACGGAUUACCAAACUAUCGCUAUUUUUAUUAACGCAUUUAAAGGCUAUUUCUGUAUAUCUCUGCAUUGGUAAUAUGUUAAUGUUAAAUGGAAAAACAAUAACUAAAGUAAGCUGGAGUCAUAUUUCCCUUAAUGUCAUAUUUGAUAUGUACUAUCAGAAUAAAUAACAGUAACAAUAGAAUUAAUGAACCUUCUGGAAUAAAAUCCUCUUUCGCUACUGCUUUGAAUGUUGUCUUACCCCUAGAUUAAAGGUUACAAUAAAAUAUUCAGUACUAAGUUCCCUGGGGAUUAUUUAUACACCUGUGUGCGUCUACGUAGUACUCGUUCCACUACUCACAAUAAUUUAUACUUAUACGUUAAUCUUGUAUUUAGAUCUAAGAUUUUUUUAGUAUAAUAGAAAAAUGAAGAUUGUCGUUUUCGUUUAUAAUUCUCGUUCAUAAUAUUCAUGUUGGUAGGUGAUUUUCAAAGUGAGAACGUAUUUUGAGAAUUAAAUUAUUGUCUAAUAUAUUUCAGCAGAAUAUUUUCGAUAUGAUUAGUGUUACGCUGUAAAGCAGAGGUUAUGGUAUUUAAUCGUAAUUGCCAUGAGGGAGAUGGCUUGUCUUUGGAACUAUUCCAUUUGCUCUUUGGAGGUAUUGAGUAAAUUAAAUGACAUAUUGGGGAGAAAUUAAGGCAAUAUUAUUGUUUAAUUUCGUUAGUUCAAGAAACCUGCUCGGGGCAAAUUGAAUUGAGGUUUCCGUGACGAGGCUCCAUCUCCCAAAUUGGCGUUGAAUGUCUUCCUGCAGCUCUUUACACUGACUACUGUAGAAAGUUUAUUUGUUAGGCUAAAAGAUGUGAUAAGUUAAGAAAAAAUGUGUAUAUUGAAGCGAAAUAUAUUUUAAAAAUAGAUUAAUUAUUUAUGUGCUAUUGUAUAGAUGAAAGUAUAUGAAUAAUAAUUGUAAAAUAGAUACAUAUAGGCGUAUUAGGUAACAUCCAAACAUAUGUGUCUGGCAAUCGUUUCGGGCAUUUCAAAUUGUUGUUUAUUGAUUAUACCUUUUCAGGAUAAAUGUGUUCAAUGUCUGUCCCUAUUUUUAUUUUUAGCUAAACUUCAAUAACAGCCCGUGCGUGGGGUAUAUAAUUGGCAUGUUUAUUUAUAUCUUGUGUUACGUUCUAAUUCAGCGAAAUGGUUUGGUUCAAUGUACUAAAUACAGUUUAUUCCAUUUUACCUAAUAUAUUAAUAAUUUUGACUUUUUUUGAGGGCAAAAAUCAUCCAAUUACUUCGCCCACCUUAAGCGAGGCGAGUAGGAGUGUCAGACUCUUACCGUCUAAAAUCUACCCAGUUCAUACUCCUGCUUUUCGAGCCGGAGUCUCGAUAAACCCGCUAGGUAAUCCGCAGCUUCGGGGUUACUGUGUCUAUUUGUCGAUUCAAUUAACUGUUACUUUAUUUCGCGUUUCAUAUGCAAAAUUGAAUGUAGGUAAUUACCUACAAUUCUAACUAAUGUUGUGUUUAAAUAAACUUAGACUGCAUACUAAUUUAUUCAAUAAACACAAAUGAUGGAAACAAAGCAAAAGCAAUUUACAAACAGUUUCUAAUAAUUGUGCAGUCGGUUUGUUCAUUCGAAAUUGAAUCGUAAAGUUUGACGAGUAUGGUUGUAAAUGGUUUACAUAAGUUUGUGAACAUUUGUGGAACUUUAUGAUUAAUCAAAUUUAAUGUAAAUUGAACUUAAUGUCUUUACUAACAAGAAUAAUAAUAAUGUUCAAUAUAUUGUUACGAUGUACACACAAAGUUGUCUGGACCUAUUGAAAUUAAGUUCCAAAACUCACAGGACACACCUCCCGGGAAUAAAGCUGUUACCAAUAUAAAAUAUCUAUUGAAUGGUGGGUUAAUGUGUAUUUCUACAGACAAGCCACACUAAAAAUUCGCUUGCGACCCAUCAAUGGGUCGCGACUCUUUGUUUGGGAAACCCGAGUCUAACCAAAAGUUUAUCCUGUGUUUUUACUUAAAUUAAAGUAUUAAACAUUAAUUUAUAAAAGCGAACAGGUUAUUUAUGUUUCUUAAAAACUAUCGAUAUUUUGUAUAUGUAUAAAUAUAAAUAAACAACAAAAAUAAAAUAUUAUCCCAGUAAAAUUGAAUAAUUUCAAUUAAAUAUUACAUUCGAGAAGCGAUUGUCAGAAUAAAUCAUAAAAUAAUUUUCUUUAGUCCUCUGGCCAUUUUAAAAAUUAUAAAAAAAAAAUAUUUUAUGUACCUACAUGAUCGUACAAUGUGAAUGAUUAAUAAAAGCUUAAUUUAAGCCUC